ACUACCAAGUAAAUGGAUAAGAACUUAGCGUUACAUGCUCUGUUAAUGAUUCAUAGAUUAACUGACAGUUAUUUACAAUAUUAUUAUUGCUUAUUUUAUUUGUGCUGUAAAACUACAUCAUUAAAAAUUAAAUAUAAUGACUAAAAUAGCGGAUAACGUGAACCCUCACGUGUACGAGAAGGGUUCAGAGCGGGAAGUAAGCACAGAGGAUCAUAACGAGGAGGUUGAAGACGAGUUUGACGAGCGUGAAAUAUUCGAUUUAAUUCGUAAUAUCAACGACCCUGAACAUCCACUGACUCUUGAGGAGCUGAGGGUCAUUGAAGAGAAGAAUAUAAUUGUUAAUAAUAAGGAUAAUACUGUUGUUGUUAACUUCACACCCACAAUUCCACAUUGUAGUAUGGCCACUUUGAUAGGUCUAUCAAUCCGUGUUUUGUUACUUCGUGCACUGCCCAGUAGGUUCAAAGUGACGGUUGAGGUUUCAGAAGGUACCCAUGUGUCUGAACAUGCAGUGAACAAACAAUUAGCUGAUAAGGAGAGAGUGGCUGCAGCAUUGGAGAAUAACAAUCUGGUGCAGAUAAUAAAUCAGUGUGUGGCAAGUGUUCAAUGAUUUAGUUUUUGUGGUAAAAUUUUUGUAUGGAGAGUGGUAAUUACAUAUUAUCAUGUCAACUUAUUUUUAUGACUAUACUAGCUGUCCCGGCAAAUGUUAUUGUGCCUUAAAAUAAAAAAAAAAAUUAGGGGUGGACUACCCCUAACAUUUAGGAUGAAAAAUAGAUGUUGGCCGAUUCUCAGACCUACUCAAUACGCUCACAAAAUUUCAUGAGAAUCGCGCAAGCCGUUUCGGAGGAGUAUGGGAACGAAAACUGUGACACGAGAAUUUUAUAUUUUUACUAGCUCUCCUGGCA